AUAUCUGUUUUCACUAUAUUUUAUCUUACACCUUUCCAGGCGAAGGUGACAUAUUUUAUCAAUCAGCAAUAAAGCGGUUCCAUUGGAAUCUUGAGAAAUAUUCACUUCUCAAUUCUGCUUCAUUAGCAGUUGCUGGUCUGGUAUUGAUGUUUGGCUCUUACAUAGUCAAAUUCUUCAGAAUUUCUGAUAUAGCUGCAGCUCUAGUGGUGGUAGUUCCUCGUAUCAUCAGUUCAAUUGUGGUAUUCGUUGCUCCGACGGACCAUUGGCUGUAUGUGGCAGCAGUGAUGGGCUGUGUAUGCACCCUAGUCACGCCUUUCUACCGGUCUGCUGUCACCAAGAUUGUGCCUUCUGAUGAAUUAGGUAAAAUAUUUGCUGUGAUAAUUUUCACCGAGGCACUUGUGCCGUCAGUGAGUUCAAACAUCUACACAUUCGCCUACAACUCUCUAAUCUAUACACACCCGAAUGCUGUUUUCCUUGUCAGCUUUGGACUAGCCUUAUUCGCAUUCAUCAUGCUGUUGGGAGCAUAUUUUAUCCAACAGCGGUAUCCUUCAAUAGAAUAUGUGCAAGUACCUGAGGAUCAAUCAGUCGUCAUUUCUAGUCAACCAAUAGAUGAAUAAAAUAUCAUAGAUAUGAUUAGUACGUAAUUACUUGGACGUAUUUAUUUUUAUAUCAUUAUAUAUUUAUGACAAAAUUUGUAUAAUAUACAACAAUCAUAAUAAUAUUUUAUCUAUGUAUGACAUGAUAAUUAAACCGUAUGACUUCAAUAUUAUAAUAUUAUAUAUCGUACCCAUAAGUUUAUAAGUUAUAAGUUUGACAUAUUUUUAGUUCUAUAACUUUUCAAUAAAUUUACUUUUCUCCUAUGAAUAUCACUCUCAUUACCUAUUUAAAUUAUAAUUUUUUUUAUGCUUCUUGAUAUUUCAUGAAUUGUGACACUUUAUUCACAUGCCAGCUGAAGUUCAAAAUUUCAAGUUAGUUGUGUUUGAACUUGUUUAACUAUAAACUGUGUUCAAAUUGUUGCUCAAUACUCUGUAAAACACAGUCAGUAUUAGGAUACAUUUUUAUAUGAUCAUUUUGUUUCAAGUAGGUUAUAACAAAUGUAAUUUGUAAUUAAGAUAAUGUAGGUUGGUUAACUUGUGACAAUGUAAUAAAUACGAAUGUAGAAUAUGUUUAAAAUGAUAAAGCAUAGUUUAAAUCUAACGAUCAACAGUAAUUUGCAUUAUGGAGGAAAUAAAUUAAGCCUUUUAAAAGUGAGAUUGGGUGCCACUACCAAGAAAGUGGAUUUAUAUAGAAUUUAGAUUAAUUAAAUGAUUGUAGAGUUUUUUCAUUGUGAAAAUAGUUAAUAUUGACAUUGAUUGAAUACUGUUGUGACAUGAACUCCUGAAGUACAAAUUCAAUACAAAGAUAAAAUCUCAUGUCUUUCAGACUUAGAAGUCACAAUAAUUACAUGUAUAAAUCAAUAUAUUCUCUUAUAUCAGUAGUAUCAUGAUUGUGUUAUAUUACCUUAGGUAUAGGAUUAUUUUGAUACAAGUGUUUGUAUUGAAUCCACAAAUAACUAUUUCUCACAAUUGAACAAAUUAUUUUUUAUCUCUUUCUAUAAUGUAUCAGAAUUCAAAUUACUAGAAUAGAAGAUCCCACUUGUAGUUUGUAAAAACUGCUUGCUUUUAUCAUUUUUACCUAAGCUUAGUAUUCUUACUGUCCAUUCCACAAUUUCCUUCAGUUAGCUAGACAAUAAACGAGUCAGAUUUGUAUGACUCAAAUAGCAAUAUUCAUUUAUCAUACACUUGACAGCUCAAUAAAAUAGCAAGUCGUUCAAAUAUUCUUGUUUUUCAGUUUAAAGCUUCAUUGUUAUUCAAAUGUUCAACCAAAUGUUUAUUCAAAUGUUUUCCUUUAUAAAUUUCAUAUUAAGAUUCCGAUUUCCUGUGCAUAACAAAAUUGGAGCAAGCUAGCGUGAUAAAUUUUAAAAUCGAUUUUUGAAGAAAUUUCCUCUGUUCAAUUAUUUAAGGCUCCUUUCAUAAGGAAGAUAAUUAGUGAGUUGAUGUAUUAGACUAUUCUGUUAAUGUCUUUCCAUUACAGGCUCUGUGAUAAAAAUACGUUAUUGUGGUUCAUUCACCCAGUCGUCUUGUGAACAUUGAAUGUUCCAUAUUGUCUGUAUCAAGUUGUGAUUUUAAAGUGACCUGAUCUUAUAUUCAAAAAGUUACUAAUCUAUUGCUAUACUGUAUAUUAUAAUCGUUUUUAAAAUUGAACAAAUCAUUUCAUCAUUGUAGAAUGCUGAGUCAAAUAAUGAGGGAGAAGAUGAGAGCAGUGUGAAUGGAGAUGAAACUGAGGAUUGCGCACAAAAUAAACAAAAAUUCACUUUCAAAAUGAAAUUCGCUUACCCAGAGAUCUUGGCUACGCUCCUGCUCUUCCCACAAGGUUUAUCAAGUGGAGUGUUCACGAAUUUGUUAAUGGAAUCUCUUUGUAUGAGAGUUGCCAACAUGACGCAUGACGUGUGCUCGCAUGUUGAGCUGAUUCCAUCUGACGUGCAGAGCAUCAUCCAGCCGCAGGUCAACAGGCUGCUCAACUGGAAAGUGCUGAUUGAGACAUUUCUUCCCGCGCUCUGUGUCGUUUUUCUUGGACCCUGGAGUGACGCUCACGGCAGGCGGCCGCUCAUUCUCAUUUCUUUGCUCGGUCAAUCCCUCUAUUUCACGAUUUUGACAGUGUUAGUAUUUUUCAAAGAUUCAUUGCCGGCUGAAUAUUAUCUGCUAGCAGCAGUUCCCGUGGGUAUAUCCGGAGGGUUCUCUGUCUUCUUUCUCUCGGUUGUCUGUUUCAUCACUGACUGUACCACUGAUAAGAAUCGAGCAUUCAAGAUGGGAACGUUUGAAGCCGGCUGCAUGCUGGGCUCUCUCAUUGCUCAGCUUCUAACAGCCAAAGUAUCAAGAGGUCCUCAUGGCUUUCAAAUCACAUUCAUGAUCAGCUCUCUUGUCUGCUUCAUCAAUUUGCUUUACGCUAUCAUAUUCAUACCUGAAUCAGCUAAUUUAUCUCAAGAAGUACAACAAGUUCACUUGCUUGAUUUGUUCAAAGCGUUUUCAAAGAAAAGGCCAAUGCAUCGAAGAGCAAUUCUCUAUUUGUUGAUACUUGCCAACACUUCGUUUAUCAUAAUAGUUUUUGGUGAGAGUGACAUAUUUUACCAAUCAGCCAUCAAACGAUUUCAGUGGAGUCUUCAACAGUUCUCUAAUCUCAAUAGUGUUUCAUUAGUAGUCUCUGGUUCGGUUCUGGUUGUUGGUACGCAGAUCUUAAAAUGCAUCGGAUUGACGGACGCGACUGCAGCCCUCAUUGUGGUUGCACCUCGUAUCUUCAGUUCACUCAUGAUUUUCUACGCUCCGACCGAUCGUUGGCUGUACGCCGCUGCCGCUCUUGGCUGCAUUAGCACCCUCAUCACCCCUUUCUACCGCACCGCAGUCUCCAACAUCAUACCGUCUGACGAAUUAGGUAAAGUUUUCGCUGUUAUAAUGUUCACUGAAGCACUCGUCCCCAUCGAUUAGUUCGAAUAUUUACACAUUCGCCUACAACUCGGUUAUUCACACUCAGCCGAGCGCAAUCUUCCUGGUCAGCUUUGGUCUUGCAUCAUUCAGCUUCACCAUGCUUUUGAUUGCUUGUUUCAUCCAAUUGCGUUAUGACGCUACCGGCUUUGAACACGUAACACAGUCGGCCAGAAGCGAGUAAUAACGAUGCAAGAUCGACAAUGGUUAUGAAGACACUAGAUUACGUUUUUUAUAAAAUAUUUUCUUUUCGUAGCAACUAACUAUCUUUAGAACUAUUUUUUACUACUUGUAGCCAUAGCUACUGUACAAUACUACAAUACUUGUACCAUAGCAUACUUGUAACCCACCUAUUUAUUAAUAUUUACAAAUUAUGCUCAUUAUUUGAAAGAAUUGUCAAUGAUUGAGAAUUCAUCAUGAGUCAACAUAACAUUGUAAGUAGGUAAUUAAUCUAUUUUUACUUUGUCAAACUUAUGCUCAUUGAAUCAAGUGUUAAAUUAUGUCAAUUAUUUUUAAAUUAAUUGUAGUAUCAGGCCUACCUGUAUUUAUUUUUGAUGAAAAAUUAUUCACUGUAAUACAGUAUUAUGCUCCCGUAUUUCACAGGAUUAUUUGUGUGUAAUUAUAUUUUUAUUCC